AUGACUUGUCUUACAACAGGAUCUCUACACUAUGUCAUUCCAAUGGGUAUCUCUGCUGCCGCGAGCACAAGGAUUGCAAACGAAUUAGGAGCCGGGAAUCCCGAGGUUGCGAGGAUGGCAGUGUUCGCUGGUGUUGCUAGGGGAAGUGGGUGGCAAAAUAUUGGAGCUUGGGAAAAUGUGGUGGCUUACUAUCUUAUUGGAGGUCCGGGCUAUGGAUCGGUGUGGUCUUUGGGUCUACGACUCAAGGAAUCAUACUGGCUAUAG